UUGCUUUCCUCACCCUUAUAUUAUUCUGGCGAAAACUGUCAUAUUUUAAAAGAAAAAACUGUUAAUACAUUUAUUUACAAUACGAAUUUAUACCAAAGGUUCAAGUUUAUCACAACCGGUUCAAUAGAUGUUUCUUUGCGAUUAAAAUGAAAAGUUGAGUUCAGCAAACUCUCCUCCAUGUUUGGACUUGUGUUGUUAUUGAGUUACUGACUAAUGUUUUUGUGGUACCUAGUGAUCAGAUCAGGCCGGCCUUUGUGAAAAUGGUCGGCAAAAGCCGAUAUUGUGAGAUAUGUGGUGUCAGGGAAAUCAACAGAGGAGGUUUCUUUGCUUGCUUUCCGAAGAAUGAACAGCGGUGUAAAACUUGGGUUAAACUGGUCGGAAAAAAAGACCUCCUUAAUGUACCCAUUGAGAAACUGCAUGAGCUUCGCCAUGUUUGCGGUGACCAUUUUGAACCGAGAGACUUUGGCAAGACACGGGGAAAGUUAAAGAAAAGAGCCUUUCCUAAGUUACAGCUCUUUGCACCUCCAUUAUCAGAUUCCCUGUUGAGAGGAUUCCCCCAACAUGUUGCAAGCCAACAACAAGGUACGACUGGUACGUCUGGUACGAGUAAUAUUACUGCUGUUGAAAAUGUACGAAAAUUACAACCGGUUGACGUUCAAUUUGACCAUUCAUAUUUUAAGGGGAAAACAACGCCACCGCCAGCUGAGAGUGACAAGACGUCCGAAAACAUUUUCUCUUGGCAGACAGCAGAGUUGAUAGAAGCAGAUGCUUCUGAAGACCCGGCACCGGCACCGGUGCCAGAGAAAGAAAAAUUGCCUGACGACGUCGUGACGCUGUCCUUGUUCUGUGACGACGACCGGCCCAUACAAUCCGAGUCUAUUGACUUGGUACCAUCAAUUGAUCUUGAAGAUGUCGAACUCCGGUGUAAGGAUUGUGCAGCAGGUAUUGACGGGUACUCAUUCUGGUGCGUGCAGUGCGCGUGCGGCGCGCUGUGCGGCGCGUGCGCGGGGAGCGCGGCGCACGACCGGCACUAUGCGUUACGUGCGCCAAGGCGCGCCACGCAGAACCAAACGCAGGCAGUACUGGCAGUUAUACGACAACAACUGCUGAUGGAAAACUUAUUAACACUGUACGAGACUGAUGAAAAUGGCGUGAAAACGGAAGUAAAAGAAGAGACACAGGAGCCCGCGUCACCAACCGCGCCCGCCUCCACGCCCGACCCGCUCGCAGUGAAGCCCCACACUGACCCGCUCAUAGUGGAGCCUUAUCGUGACCCGCUCACCGCGGAGCCCGACAAGUGUGUCGACGAUGAAAGUAACGGUGACCACCACCCUUACAAGCGUCCUCGACUCAUGGACGACAGCAGAAUGGGCGCCAAACCAACCUCUACAGUCAGUAAAAAAGAAGGUGAUGUCUCACAGCAACUCCUGUUAAAUGUCCAUAUACGAAGAGGAUCGCAAACAGUCCAGAUAUUCACUCCUAGCGAUCUCAGAUCACAAGAUAUCAUACGAACCACUACGUGCAACCGCAAAGGGUCACAAGAUGCUCUGGCAACUAAUAUCAAUCUCAGACGAACACAACAAUCCCUUUUAAAGGUCCCAUCUAAUGUUUUAAGAGGAUCGCAAACGGUUCAGGCACGCGCUACUCGCGAUCUCAGAUCACAAAACAUACAGGUCACUUCUAGCAACCUCAGAGAAUCACAAAUCGUCGUAACGCCCGAAAAGGUCCAAAACAUUCACAAACCUGUACAACACGAUUAUUCCAAAGGUUCAAACCUACAACCAGCACCUCAAAAUGUUCUCAAGAGCUUCUCUACUCCAUUCAAAGAAACUUCAGAACAGAAUCGCACCGAAACAGGAAUGAAUAAUUUAGACGAUGUGGUAGAUGAGGAACUUGUAGAGUUUUUGGAGGAAGAAAUAUUGGACGAUAGCGGAGAAGAUCAAUUAGAUACUGAGAAUUGGGAUGAACAAAUAAUAAAUGACGAUUCUUCUAGCGAUGUUGAAAGAGAAGUAAAUUCAGGUUUAGGUAAAGAAAGAAGAAAUGUUAAAGAUCUAACAGAUAAAGCUAAUUGGAAUGAAGAUGACGAAAUCUCUGUAAGUAAUAGAGAGAGUGAAUCACAAGGCAACAUACAAAUCACUUCUAGCAAAUUCAGAGAAAUACACGAUGUUCUAAUGGCUACUACUACUAGCAAUCUCAGAGGCUCACAGAAUGAUAUAUUGGCUAAUAACGAUGUCAAAAGAACACAAACUGUUACACAGAUUGAUCUUAGUGAUUUAAAAGAUUCAAAAACGAAAGUAAUUGUUGAUAAUAAUGAUUUAGGGCAAUUACGAACUGUUUUACAGAUUGAUCCGAGCGAUUCACGACUACAAACGGUCCAACAGGCCAUUAGUGGUAUUAGAGGAUCACAAGAUGCCACGCAAGUCACUCCUAGCGAUCUUAAAAGAUCGCAAGAUAUAUUACAGAUUCCUAGCCGUCUUAAAAGAUCUCAAACUCGUUGUCACUUCCAGCGAUCCAAGAGUAUUGCAUAUUCUUCUAACCCUAGCAAUCCCACAGGGUCACAGGUUUGUCCUAAGGGGAUACCUAGCCAUCUUAGAGAAUCAAAACAUGCCCGUGACCUAUUACGAAUUCGACAAAAUUUCCUACCCAGUGAUCCCGGAGGGUUAAAAACUCGCCAAAAAUUCCGACCUAGCAUACUCAAAAAGGUCAUUAGUGAUCUGAGCGAAUCACAAAAUGUCACCCAGGUCCAACAGGUCAUUAGUGAUAUUAGAGGAUCACAAGAUGCCUCACAGGUCACUCCUAGCAAUCUUAGAGGAUCGCAAGCUAUAUUACAAAUUCCUAGCCAUCUUAAAAGAUCUCAAACUCGUUGUUCCUUCCAGCGUUCUAAGAGUAUUGCAAAAUCUUUUAACUCUAGCGAUCCCACAGGAUCACAAGUUUGUCCUAAGGUGAUACCUAGUCAUCUUACAAAAUCAAAAAAUCGCCGUAGCCUGUUACGACGACAGUUACAACAACUACAACAAAAGUUCCAACCCACUGAUCCCAGAAGGUCAAACACUCACCAAAAAUUCCAACCUAGCAUACUUAGAAAAUCAAAUAUUCUCCUAACGCCCAAAAAGGUCCAAAACAUUACCAAAGCUGUACAACACGACUAUCCCAAAGGACCAAAACCACAACAAGUAUCACAAAAUGUUCUCAGGGGCUUCUCUACUCCACUAAAAGUAACCUCAGAACCGAAUCGCACCGAAACAGGAAUGAAUAAUUUAGACGAUGUGGUAGAUGAGGAACUUGUAGAGUUUUUGGAGGAAGAAAUAUUCGACGAUAGCGAAGAAGAUCAAUUAGACAAUCGGGAUGAACAUAGAAUAGAUGAAAAUUCUGUUAGAGAUAUAGAAAGGGAAGUAAAUAUAGCUUUACGUGAAGAAAGAAUAAAUGAAAAAGAUCAAACAGAUACAGGGGAUUCGGAUGAAGAUGACGAAAAUUCUGUUAGUGAUGAGAGUGAAGUGGUGGACAAAGAAUGUAAUAGUCAGGUAGAGAAAGAAAAUCGGAUAGAUGAAAAUUCAAUCAGAGAUGUAGAAAGUGAAGUAGAUGACAGUGAUUUAGAUAAAGAUUAUAGAAUAGAAGAGGACGUGAUAGAUGAAGAUUCAAUAAAUGAGACAGAUGAAGAAGAUAUUGCUGAAGGCGUUGGCAGGAGAACGCGAAACGUAACAAAUAGGACUAUGACUGAUGAACAGAUGCUUCGAAAGCUGACUUCAGAAGCCACGGUGCAGCUGCAGCCCCUUACCUCAUCAGAUAUAAGGAACUGGGUCCACAGGAAGAGACGGAGAAAAAACUGAAAUAAAAAUUAGGAUUUUA